AUGGCGGCUGUGAGAUUUGUUAGAUCUGUGUUGAAAUCCUUUCAAGCAGAGAGUGGAUUAGAGCCGAGUCCUGAUGGUCCGUCCAGGCAGGAAAUCAUUCUUGUUUCGCCAGCUCUUAAGAUAAUUAUCGGGAACUACUCAACAUUUUUCAUCUGCCAGACAGAAUCUUCAUUUCCAGCUAGUUCCUCCGAUCAUCACCUUAGGCUCUUCGGAGAAAAUCUUCGAGUCACUGCAGCAGACCCUGGACGGGUUGAGUUUGAACUCGAUAUAAAGAAGGAGCACACUAAUAGGUUGAACAUCAUACAUGGAGGAACAAUUGCAAGCAUGGUCGAUCUUGGUGGCUCCCUUGCAGUAGCUUCUAGAGGACUAUAUGCGACAGGCGUGUCGACAGACCUUAACGUUACAUAUUUGAAUUCUGGUGGGCAGGUCGGCGAUGUCUUAAAAGCUGUAGUCACUUGCGACAAAUUUGGCAAGACCUUAGCAUACACUUCAAUCUCAUUUACGAAUAGCAAAGGAGAUAUUGCUGCGAGAGGCAGCCACACCAAAUAUGUCGCUCUUGCCUGGAAACACCCAGAGAAUAUUAUCGACCAGUUAUCUCCUAGAACGUCCAAACCCGACGCCAAGUCUUAG